AUGGCCACACCAUACCCCAUCAACGAGUCCAAUCUCAAUGCGAUGAUUACACUGUUGACGCCUCAGCGUAGUCCGGAAAUGAGCCCCUAUCUACGAGCACCCCGGUCGCUUCACAGCAUUCAGGUCACGGUCGACGGUCUACAAGCCAUGUUCAUCCUGAAUAAGUCUAGCCAUCAACGCCCCGAUGAUGAAAUCCGUCCAUUCUUUCUAUACGACGUGGACAGCAACGACCAACUUAAGAGGAAGCAACGCAUCCCUGGCUGGGUACGCGGUAUUGAGAACUCCCUUGACUCGACCUCGAUCAAGCAGAAGCUCCUUGGUAUGCUUAUGGAGUCAAACGACCAUCAUUGUCUUACAUACGACAUUGAAAGCCGAACAAUCUCACGCCGCCUACCCGAGCUAUUCUCGAUCAAUCGCCACUUCCGAAGACUUGCCCUCAAACAGUGGCAGCACAUACACGUCGUUGGAAAGAUGACGUCACGCAGCGCGCAGGCUUCGUUUGAUGAUUUCGCAUCGAUGCAGGCUUGGUGUGCGGCUAGUGGACUAUUCUUCCCUGAUAAGUUCUGUGAGCGCCCUGAUAUUCCACCUACUCUGAAGAUGCGCUUUGAGCUACCGGAGCGAGAGGACUUUUCAUGUCUCCGGAUCUCGAUCACCAACAUUAUCAUGGCAACACUCGAACUCCCUAUGAACUCGCAGCUGUGGAUUGAGCAGUUCAAUGGCGGCCUGCCCCUUCAAUACAAGACGGGAAUGCUGUACAGACUUCAACGACAGAUGUUUGUCUUUCUCGCCGACGUACUUCACUCACAUCCAGAUCGCGGUAACGAAGCAUGUCCCGACGUUAUCAUGGACGGCAAGUGUAUUAUCAAAGACAUCGAGUAUGAGCGGGAUGACGGUAGUAAGUUUACAAUCAAGUACGAGAGGGCGGACGAGGACCUUGAAGAGAUGGAAGAGGACAUCGAAGACUGGAUCAGCCAUUUCACCGAACAGGAAGAGGUGGACAUAGCGGCUUACGUACCCACUAUCACCUACCAAGAUGAAGACGAUUUCGGCACCCAUGAGAUGUUCUGGUACGACUUGAGCGCUCCCUACCACCCUUCUUUGCGCGGAGUAAUUACAAAGCUCGCGUGCUUCCUACAGGGAGCUGAUACAACUGGUGAGUAUUGGGACUAA